GUUCCUUCACAAUAUCUUCAACAUCAGAAAUUGAAGGCUUCAAAGCUACGGAUUUGAGUCGUGAGAAGGGAAUCCAGAGGAAGAAAGCCAUUCCGCCAGCAGAAGUUACCAUUGAUAUUCUAUCGAGAUUACCCAUGGAUGCCGAAGAGGCAAGAGAGAAGAAAAGAGUCAACCUUGCAGAUAAUCCUUCCAACAGAGCGAUGGUCCAGAGAGAUCUUUAUCUUCUCCCAACGGAGAUUCUGCUCGAAAUCCUAUCAAGACUCCCAGUCAUGUCUAUGAUCCGCUUCAAGAGCACAUCACGUGCCGGCCGUGAUUUAAUUGCCGAUCCAAGAUUCCCUCAGAUGUUCCACAACCGAGUAAGUGACUCAAACCCAUGCCUGAUUCUGUUUGAGUUAAACCACUAUGUCGUUUCCUCCCAGCCACGGCAGCGCUAUCUUGUGGAUAGAGUGGAUUGUAGUGGAAGGGUUAGGAAAAUCGACCCACCACGGCAUUCAGAAGGUUGUAGUCUGGUGGGUGAUUGUAACGGGCUGUUAUGCUUUUCCUUUCCCAUAAUCGGUGGUUCAUCGAGGUCUUGCAGUCUGCUAAUUUACAAUCCUUUGGUUGGAGACGCUGUGACAGUCCCACCAGCGAACCCACCAGCGAACCCUCCAGCGAACCCACCAGCGAACCGAUUUCUCUUUCAAUUUGAAGUCUAUGGAUUUGGGUUUCAUCCGAGGACUGGAGAAUUCAAAGUGGUCAGGAUUGUGACGGUUGCAGACCCUUCGGUUCAGGUGUUUACCGUAGGAACAACAGAGUGGAGAAAUAAAGGAGCUCCCCCUCAACAGUUCGGGCGUGGAAUCGAACAAGCUGGGGCUCUAGUUGAAGGAUCUCUCCAUUGGGUGACUGAUGUUGGGAUGGGAGGAGUCGGUCCUAUCUUCGGUAUUUUCUCCUUCGACCUUGCAGAUGAGAUGUUCGAAGAAAUUCCGCACCCACCUUUUCAACGACUUCUGUCACAUCGCUACUGUCUUUUCGUGCUCAAUGGGUGUCUAUCGGCUGUUGGGUUUGUUGAAACUGGGCAUUUAGAUAUCUGGGUGAUGGAGCAAUACCGUGUUAAGGAAUCUUGGGUAAAACAAUUCUCCUUUGAUCCCCAUUCAGCUCCAUGGCCACUUAAUAUUUCAAUCUCAAUUGGAUUUAUGUGUGCACUGAAGAAUGGUGAGAUUCUGUUACAGUAUAACGACAGUGUUCUGGUUUGUUAUGAUCCUGUGGAAAACAGAUUCAAGACGCUUCAAAUAAGUGGGUUACCCUGUAAGUUCCGGGCACUUCCUUUUCUACCUUCUCCUUUCUCAGCAAAAGCAACCAUGAAUUUGCAAUUUUAACCUCCCUUUUUCUGUAAGACUCAACUACUAGUUGUUUUAGUUUGUGUUGAAUCUUUGAUAUUACAUGAUAAUGUCUAUCUUCUAGUCAAAUGCUUUAUUUUAUUCGUUUAGUCUUGUGAUCAAACCCAAGCCAAGAAAAUCUGACCUCUACC